UAAAACCUUAAUUCAUUAUAAUGGUCGUUUGAGUUUGAAGCCUUCAUUGCACACAAAGCUGCACAGAAAAACUCAAAUUACAGACCUCAACCGUGGAAAAACAUAACAGAAAUUAUAUUUAUCAGUGUUCUUCUAGUUAUUUUAUUUUGUAUAGGAAACUUUUAAUAUUUGAAAUAUGCUGACUUUUAUUUACUGCUUUCUGUUAGUUAUUAAUAUUUCAUGUAGGGCUUAAGAUCUCGGCAGAUUUUCCGUCACAUUCACGUUCAAAAAUCGAUGCGUCAUCUCAGACAUCUCAACUUUUUUAAAAAGUCAAAUUGAAAUGACAGGUCAGUAAAAUCGCGCGCCUCAUUCUUUUAGAAUUAUGGUUUAGUGAGAGUAAAACUUGACAAGGUAGUUAUUUAUAGAUUUAAUUGAUUAGUAACUGAACCGAGGAAUGCAAAUAUCGGCUGCAAAUGCAAAACGCAAUUUUGUUAUUUGUAGACUUGUUUGAAAAGAUACGUGGCAAAAGAAACUCUGGUCUGCAGGAUAAAAAUAUCCUCUAACUAGUUUUUCUUUCUUUCUUUUCUUUUUUAAUUUUAAAUUUUUAGUUUAAGUCUUCUUUUCUUGUCGGUAUUAUGUUCUAUAAUUAAAAGCUCUUUUUACCUUUGCAUAAGUGUGUGUUAACCUGUCAAAAUAGACCGGUCUGUUGCACGACACCUUUAUAUAACUCCACUUAACCGUGCAAAGGCUUAAGUUCCUUCUCUAAUUUCUAAAGCUCCAUCGAAUUGCACAAUGUCAGGCAAUUUAAUUCGGCGAUUGUACCAGAGAGACGCGUAACAGCGGUGGUCAAGCUCAACCAAAUCUGCCUCAUAAGAUCAUCUUAACGUUUGUACAUCUACUCUAAGCAAAUUUUACGCACAGCUCAUCUUUUUCAUUAAUUAGGGUCGUCGUCACUUUCUUUUAUGAGGUACAAUAAGGUGGCUAUUUUCGGAUCAUCUUACUACGUCCGAAAUAAAUAAAGUGGUCUGAAUUUGACAUAUUGCCUGUUUGGUGACGCAGAUAACCGCUUUACGUUUGAAGAGUGAUUAAAUAGUAAUGUUCGGUACAACACUUGAAGCACAUAAAAAAGAAAAAAAUGGCAUUUUAUAACAUCUUUCACAAUUCGGCUACCUCGAAAAAUAUAUACAUGCGUGUUUUGUUUACUACAGACCACGAGUGAGCAUAUCAUUGUAGCAGCAUCCCGCGGCGGAAGUUAAUUCACCGCACUACAAAAAGCACGAGGCAGGUGUUUGGUACGUCCAGUAUGCAAAUAGAGUGCUGUUGUCGAAUACAGAACACUUGAUGCGUGCUUCAGUUUGAAUGCAGCACUCCCUCUUGCCUUGAGCGACCAGUGUUGUUAAUUCCAAAUCAUUGACGCCAUUCGUCUUUCCACAGGUCUAAAUGGAGUUUUGGUGGAUCGUCUUGGCUGGAUGCGGCGGAGGCCUACUCUUGGCCGCUUACGUGGCCGUGGUCGUGUAUAAAUUAUUUCGACGCAAGAAGAGGGUGCAGAUGAACCAAUAUCAGCACCCUGAACGUCUUACAGAUGACAAAGAUUGGACUACCCAUGUCCAUGCAAGAGAGGUUUCGGAGAGGAGGGCGGACGGCCUAUGCAUGGAAACUCUAUCAGGGUCAACCAAACUUGGUCGAAAAGCGUCCAUCCCGUCCGUUAACCAGUUCCUAGGGGCUUCGGAGGAGGUUCCAAAUGCCUCGCACACAAAUUCCGACGAUAAACGAAAAGGACGUAGCAAGAGUCCAGGCCCGGAACCACAAGCAUCGGCAGGUUUUAACCAAGACACUUCGCCUUAUGUAGUGCCUGCGGCUGAAAGAAGCAGCCCCGAGGUUGUUCGAAGGUCUGAAUACACCUGGGAGACUCUGCUAUGUCAACCCAGCGAUUUCAGAAUUAAACGAAGUCAAUCGUUUAACUGGGACGAUCCUGAAUACAGAAAACCCAAAUGCAAGACUCGUUCCUUGAAGCUUGCAAGUGACAAGCAAGGUCAAGUGAAAAGAACUGUUCGGAGCAAAUCUCUCAGAAGAUAUACGCAUCGUGAAUUGACCGUCUCAGGUGCUGCCGAAACAGCACCAUUCGAUAAAAUUGUCAUCUCCGUGAAAAGAGGGGACGACAACGCGAAACGAAACAAAUCGAAGAAGAGCCCUAAGACUCAAAAAACUGUCAACGAACCAGGAAACAAAGUGACUAAAGCCGAAGGCACCACUAAAAAUAAAAAGAUCAACAGAUCGGGGUCUGCACCAUCUGCGAGGGCCAAGGAAAAGCUUGCUAACACUGAAGUAGAAGGCAGCCUAAAUCGACGACAUUCCUCUCGAUGGAUUCCAGAUCCUGAUUACCAAACUGUGUCGAUGGAGGAGCUCGUUUCAGCAGCUGAGCAACAAGUCAAAGCCACCAGAAAUGAUAACGUGUGUGUAGUGGAGAUCCACAACGUGCCAAGAGAUCGAGAUCCAAAGGUUAGUACAUUAGUGGGAACUGCCACGUCUCAAGUGGUCGACACAUCAUCGAGCACCUCCAUUCAACAGUCAAGUCCAUCACAUGAAGAUCAAACGAACUGUAGCACCACAGUUGAUGUGAAAACAAUACCAAUACCCGGUGUUGCCCAAAGGGUACCAACAGUUCUGCCGAACGAUCAGAGCCCUGACAAAAACGAAGAGACAAAUGUCUCUAACAAGAAUACUCACGACAGAAGAUUAUCCGUCAAAAACCGUAUUCAAAACCUCGAGACUCAGAUUGUCGAUGUACAGUCAAAUACUCGCCACCCCCAAGGAACAGACCCAACUAAACAUUACACGAUGGUUAUAGAAGCCCCACUGACAAUCGACAUCAACAAUAAUUCCCAGACGUUGCCGAACUGGAGACAGAAACAAACUGCACGAGAGGCGAGAAACGAGCCAACCAACGAGAGCAAUCAAAUUGGUCAGCCAUCGUUGAAAGCUAAGCCAAAAGUCGGGUCGAUAGGCAAAUUAACCCUCGUCAAACAUGUGGAAACGCCCGCUCGAGGAGGAAACCCUGAAAUAACUCCUGAAAACCCCACAAGAGAGGAUCCCACAAAGAGUUUUGAAAAUGCUUCGUCGAUCCAGAUGAGGCAACUAACAGAUACAUCAUCGCCAAGAAAUGCGACUUUGCUCGUAAGGAAUUCCGACGAGCAACGGGAAAACGACACCUCACAUGUACCAGUCUGUGCAGCACCACCAGCACCGCCACCACAACCUUUCACAGUGGAUUCACAGUCUUCCCGCCAAGUCCUGGGCAAUGAAGUCAAGAUAACUAUUGUACCAAAAGACAGACAAGACGCGACCUCCGUGUUAAAUGGGGCAAACGCGCCAAUAGCAAGAGACACAGACACGAAUCUCACUUUAGAAGAAAGGAAGAAGACCUGGAAGCGGGAGCAAAUUUUGGAUCAGCUCCACAGCGCCCGCGCAAGGAAUGGAAACCAGAACUACAUAUUUGGCACAGGGUUGGCGUACCAGUCGUGCAUGCCUGAACUACAAAAUAAACUCAAUCAGCUUACGCUUGCAAAAUGAUUUAGUGCAAACUGAUUAUUACCGCCGGGGUGAAUCAAAUUAAGAUAUAAAAACUAGUGUAAUCUUUGACGAAUUAUUCGUCCUGCUGCAUAGCUUACGGUCAAGCUCCAAUUUAUUAAGAUUCUGUUGUUUAAAGUUUGGUCUUGAUUGGAUAUGGGUGUAGUAAUAGCAAGUGAGAUUUUCCGUCAUGAGUAAGAUGCUCCCAAAGAACUUUUGUAGUAUUUUCUUUGAACAUUGUUUUCUAAUAUAUGCGAAUGAACAGUCUAAAUUGUGAAUAUUGCAACCAGGAUCGAGAAGCUUCAUUGAGAUUCGCGCUUGGGAGCAGGAGUUUAAACACACACUGACUUUUAAGGUGGCUCCACAGGGUAAUCAUUUAUGUCGUUGCGCGCGCAAGUGUUAUGUUUUAAUACUGUUUUUGCAUUCGCUUUCACACCUAGUCCUCUCAAACUUAUUACACGUAAUAACCAAUGUUUAAAUAGUAUUUUGCUAUCAUCUCUGUUAAAAUUUUGGAAUUCAGUCUUGAAUU